GAUCAUUGCAUACGCAAAACUCGCCUUAUCACUCGCGCACAUAUGAAAUAAGUCGCCUUCAACGGAGGUUCAUUGACGUAAUAACCCAGUCGUUUUAGCAAAAAAAGAAAAUAUUUAAGUGCCAUUUACGUGAGUAAAAUCGUCUCAUAGUGCCAGAAAAAUGUCCCUCAUGUCCACGGCUCGACAGCUGGCCCGUUUUGCCAGCCGAAAUCAACUUCUUACCAAGUGCCUGGCAACUCGAAUGGUUCACAGCGAAACGCAGAAUUCGGCGGCUGGUGGCGAGCGCGCUAAAUUUCCAGGAGCCCAAGCGGCUUUCGUCCGUAUGCCAGUGAUGUCGGUGCCAGAAAACGCCGAACCGAUUCCAAUCUAUCGGGUUAUGAAUGCUGAUGGUGUGGUUGAAGAUCCGUCACAAGAUCCUAACCUGAGUCUCGAAACGGUUCAGAAAAUGUUCCGAGAUAUGGUUCUUUUGAACACCAUGGAUAAGAUCUUGUACGAGUCGCAACGUCAAGGUAGAAUUUCCUUCUACAUGACCAACUUUGGAGAAGAAGCCAGCCACAUCGGAAGUGCCGCUGCCUUGGACUCCGAAGAUUGGGUUUACGGACAGUACCGAGAGGCUGGAGUUUUAGUAUGGCGUGGCUUCACGAUAUCGGACUUUAUCAACCAGUGCUACGGCAACCUCGAAGACGAAGGGAAAGGUCGUCAAAUGCCAGUGCACUAUGGGUCCAAGAAGUUGAACUUUGUUACGAUUUCAUCCCCCCUGGGAACGCAGAUUCCGCAAGCCGUCGGUGCUGCUUAUGCAUUCAAGCGUCAACCGAAUAAUAACCGAUGCGUGAUCACGUACUUUGGUGAAGGAGCUGCCUCUGAAGGUGAUGCGCAUGCAGCUUUCAACUUCGCCGCAACACUUGACUGCCCGGUGAUCUUUUUCUGCCGGAACAAUGGAUUUGCCAUUUCAACUCCUUCGACGGAACAGUACCGAGGGGAUGGUAUUGCCGGACGGGCUGCAGGAUACGGAAUCGCAGCACUACGAUUCGAUGGAACGGAUACCUUUGCCGUUUACAACGCCACCAAGCUGGCUCGAGAAUACGUGCUGAAGCACAACAAGCCGAUAGUGCUGGAAGCGAUGCAAUACCGUAUUGGACAUCACUCGACGUCGGAUGACAGCACGGCUUACCGUUCGGUUGAGGAUUUGGAAAUUUGGAACACGGUUGAGCAUCCGAUUUCGAAGCUGAAGAAUUACAUGAAGCAUCGCAAUUGGUUCAACGAGGAGGAAGAGGAGAAACAUGUCAAAGCGGUUCGCAAGCAGGUUCUUGCCCAGAUCAACCAAUCGGAGAAGAUUCCGAAACCGGACUGGCGCGAGGUUUUCCAGGAUGUGUACCACGAGAUGCCGGCUCAUUUGAAGGACCAGAUGAAGCAGAUGGAAGAACACGUGGAGAAGCACAAGGAGCAUUAUCCUCUAAAGGAUUUUAAACAUUGAAGCAGCCGAGAUCGACUUUUGUCCCGAGUGACAGUGAAUAAAGUGCAUUUAUUAUAAUAUAA